AUGAACCAGAACAAUAGAACCUGGGUGACAGAAUUUUUCCUUCUGGGUCUUUCUGGGGACCCUCAAACUCAGCUGCUGCUCACUGUAUUGUUCUUGGGGGUCUACUUAGGUACUGUACUUGGGAGCUUACUCCUCAUCUAUCUGGUUCUAACUGACUCCCAGCUUCAUACACCCAUGUACUUUUUCCUUUGCAACUUGUCUUUAGCUGACCUGGGCCUCUCUACUGUCAUAGUCCCCCAGGCUAUAAUCCAUAUGUUAACUAGGAGGAAUGCCAUUUCCUUUAUGGGAUGUGCAGCUCAGAUUUUUUUUUCUAUCAUUUCUGGAGCUACACAGUGUUCACUGUUAGCUGUGAUGUCCUAUGACCGAUACGUAGCAAUCUGUGAUCCCAUGCAUUAUUCUCUCAUCAUGACAGGGAAGGUGUGUGGACAAUUGGCUUUGGUGUGCUGGGUCAGUGGUAUUGUUGCCUCCUCUGUUGACACUAUAUUUACAUUAUGUCUACCCUACCAAGGAGACAAUAGGAUUGCUCAUUUCUUUUGUGAGGCACCAGUUCUCUUGACUCUGGCAUCUGGAGACACUCAUAAAGCAGAGAUGGCUAUUUUCUUCGUUGGAGUAUGGAUUCUUAUUGCACCUAUGUCCCUGAUUCUAGUGUCCUAUGGACUUAUCAUAGUGACUGUCAUUAGGAUGAACACAAUGUCGAAAAGACUCAAAGCAUUCUCCACCUGUGGCUCCCAUCUCCUUGUAGUCAUCCUUUUUUAUGGGACACUCAUUAUUGGCUACAUGACACCCAAGUCCUCCAGGGAGCAAUUCAAGCAGGUUGCUGUGUUCUAUGGUGUCAUAAACCCUAUGCUUAACCCUCUCAUCUAUAGUCUGAGGAAUAAGGAAGUGAAGAGAGCAUUCAAAAAUGCAAUCAAAAGAAAGUAA